AUGAUAUCAAAAGCUUCGACUAGUUUAUUAGUUCGCCAGUGUUUGCGGCGAUGCUCGACGUCGCCGCUUCCGUCGUCGUCGUCGACGACGACAACGACGUGCUCACCGCAUGAUGUUGCUGGCCAAUUCACACAGGAUCAUAUUAGGCAGAUGCAGACCGACAUUAUCGAGCAAUUGAUUCCGCAUGAUUCGACUGGAGCUGUUGAGAAUCUUGCUGAUUUGAAUGUGACGUCAAACUUGGGCCGAAUGACCCAUUAUUAUUUUCAACAGGGUGGAAAAAUGCUGCGGCCGACGUUGUCCGUUCUAAUGGCGAGCGCAUGCAACUCUGCUUCAUUGCGCAAUAUUUUAGAUGAAUCGGUGGCGUUGACGAAAAAUUCUCAAGCACAUUCAUUGUCAAUUUGUCGAAAUCAAUAUAAAAUUGGGAUGAUCGCGGAAAUGAUUCACACCGCUUCACUUGUUCACGACGAUGUCAUUGAUGAGGCGAACACUCGACGAGGAACAGCCAGCGUCAACGCGAUCUGGGGCAAUAAAAUGAGUGUUCUUGUUGGCGAUUUUAUUCUCGCCAAAGCCACACAAAUUCUUUGCUCGAUCAAACGGCCUGAUGUGAUUUCGGUAAUGGCGUCGAUCAUUGAGGAUUUAGUAUUGGGCGAAUUCAUGCAAAUGUCGACGCCGCCCAAAGAAGCGACGCAUAUGCAAAGAAUGGCAGCUUAUAUCGAAAAAACUCAUAGGAAAACCGCGAGUUUGUUCGCGAAUAGCUGCCGAUCGGUGGCGAUAUUGGCUGAUGAUCAAAAUAUGAAUCUUCAAAAUGCGGCGUACGAAUACGGCCGAAAUUUGGGAAUCGCGUUUCAAUUAGUCGACGACAUGCUCGAUUUUGUCGCGUCCGCUGAUGAAAUGGGCAAGCCGGUGGCGGCCGAUUUGAAAUUGGGUCUCGCGACGGCGCCGGUGCUCUAUGCCAGCGAGCAAUAUCCCGAAUUGAAUGAGCUGAUUGUGCGCAAGUUUCGCGAAGUCGGCGAUGCCGAACGCGCUCGCGAGAUUGUGGCAAAUUCGGACGGAAUGCGAAAGACCAGAGAUCUCAUCGAGAUCUAUUCCGAGAAGGCGGUGCAAUUGGCAUCUUCGUUUGCGAAUCGGAAUGAAGCCACGGAGAGGCUAAUUGAGCUCGCGUUGUCGCAAUCAAAUAGGAAAUAUUAA